CAGCCAAUCACUGGACACCAAUCACGGCGAAAUCGGACUUUUCGUUGCCCCUCCGAGGGGAUAGUUGACUCAUUGUGCCUUUUACAAGUUUCCCGCAAACUUGUACGAAGCAUUGUCACUGUCACAAUCAUGGUUGCGGGACAAGCUUUGUUAGACCGCCUGGAACGGUGGUCACAGCGUUUGAAUAACUUGACUGUCUCACCAUUGACUCGAGACUAUCCCGACACACAGAAGCAAGAUGGCAAACGCACCAUUGAGGCCUUUGAGUCGGUGAAGCUCCCCAAGGACACUCAAUUGGCCGUUAAGAAGCUCUCUGGAGCUUCCUCUUCUGACUUCACUGUGUUUUUGACUGCCUUUGUAGUCUUGGUUGCUCGUUUGACCGGUGAUGAAGACAUUGCCGUGGGUACCAGCGUGGGUGACGAUGGCCGUCCAUUUGUCCUUCGGGUCCCUAUCAGUGCGUCAGAGACCUUCACUCAGCUGUAUGCUAAGGUAGACAAGAUCUUCCAAGAAGGUGCCUCCGAUAUCGUGCCCCUCGGCAGUCUGCGUGCCUACAUCCAGCAAAAUUCCAAGACCGAGCAACCUCCCACCCUUUUCCGAUUCGCCGCCUAUGAUGCUCCCGCCGCCUCGCAGGAAUACCCUGCCAACACUUUCGACAGCACUGACUUGGUGAUCAACGUGGCACCGGGCAGCUCAGAGGUGGAAUUGGGUGCCUACUAUAACCAGCGUCUCUUCUCCAGCGCUCGUAUUGCUACCAUUCUCAAGCAACUUGCUCAGAUUACUAUCAAUGCGGCGGCGAACCCAGAUGAGGCCAUUGGCCGCGUGGACAUGAUGACCGAGGACCAGCGUUCUCUUCUACCCGACCCUACCAAGGAUCUUAACUGGUCCAACUUCCGUGGUGCGAUUCAUGAUAUAUUUUCUGCCAAUGCAGAGAAGCACCCUGAAAAGAUUUGCGUGGUAGAGACCAAGUCAAGCAACUCUCCUCACCGAGAAUUCACUUAUAAGCAGAUUAACGAGGCUUCCAACAUCCUCGGGCACCAUCUUGUGCAAUCCGGUAUUCAGCGGGGUGAAGUUGUCAUGGUCUAUGCCUACCGCGGUGUAGACUUGGUCGUUGCUGUUAUGGGUGUCUUGAAGGCUGGUGCCACUUUCUCUGUCAUUGACCCCGCAUACCCUCCAGAGCGUCAAAAUAUUUACCUGGAUGUUGCUCGUCCCCGUGCGCUAGUCAGCAUUGCUAAGGCCUCUCGGGAUGCUGGUGAGCUAUCGGAUAUUGUCCGUUCUUUCAUCACCGAGAACCUGGAGCUUCGCACAGAAGUGCCUGCUCUUGCUCUCCAGGAUGAUGGAACCCUUACUGGUGGUACCGUCAACAGCCAGGAUAUCUUCGCAAACCAGGUUGAAUUGAAGGCUAGCAGUGUGGGUGUCGUGGUUGGUCCCGAUUCUACCCCAACCCUGUCUUUCACAUCUGGUUCGGAGGGUCGGCCCAAGGGUGUCCGUGGACGUCACUUCUCUCUUGCAUAUUAUUUCCCUUGGAUGUCUGAGACCUUCAAGCUCACCCCCAACGACAAGUUUACUAUGCUGAGCGGUAUUGCGCAUGACCCCAUCCAAAGAGAUAUUUUCACUCCCUUGUUCUUGGGUGCCGAGCUACUUGUCCCUGCUAGAGAGGAUAUUCAAAAUGAGAAGCUUGCCGAGUGGAUGCAAAAUUACGGUGCCACCGUUACUCACCUUACCCCAGCCAUGGGUCAAAUUCUUGUUGGUGGUGCCUCGGCGCAGUUCCCGGCUCUUCACCAUGCCUUCUUUGUUGGCGAUGUUUUGAUCAAGCGUGACUGUCGUUCGCUUCAGGGCUUGGCCCCCAACUGCUUCAUCACUAACAUGUACGGCACCACAGAGACUCAGCGUGCUGUGAGUUACUUUGAAAUUCCUAGCUAUUCGAGCCAGGAGGGUUACCUUGACACUGUCAAGGAUGUCAUCCCAGCAGGCCGUGGUAUGCUGGACGUUCAGAUGCUGGUUGUCAACCGCUAUGACCCUACUCGUAUCUGUGCUAUCGGUGAGGUUGGUGAGAUUUAUGUGCGUGCUGGUGGUCUCGCUGAAGGCUACCUCGGUUCUCCUGAGAUGAACACCAAGAAAUUCUUGACCAACUGGUUUGUGAAGCCCGAGGUCUGGACCGAGAAAGACCAGGCCCAGUCUCAGGGUGCUAAGGAACCGUGGCGAGAGUUUUAUGUUGGCCCGAGAGACCGCUUGUACCGUAGCGGAGAUCUUGGACGAUACACCCCGACCGGUGACGUCGAGUGCUCUGGUCGAGCUGAUGAUCAGGUGAAGAUCCGUGGUUUCCGUAUUGAGCUUGGUGAGAUUGAUACUCACUUGUCUCGGCACCCUCUUGUCCGUGAGAAUGUCACCCUGGUCCGACGUGACAAGUUCGAAGAGCCAACCCUGGUCAGCUACUUCGUUCCUGAUAUGAGCAAGUGGUCUGAGUGGUUGGAGAGCAAGGGAAUCCAAGAUGACACCUCUGCUGAGGGUAUGGUGGGUAUGCUGCGACGCUUCCGUCCUUUGCGUGACGAUGCUCGUGACCAUCUCCGCAGCAAGCUCCCCACCUACGCUGUGCCUACUGUCAUCAUCCCUCUUAAGCGUAUGCCGUUGAACCCCAACGGUAAGAUUGACAAGCCAGCCUUGCCUUUCCCUGAUACCGCGGAGCUUAGUGCCGCAGCCCCUCGACGCCGCUCGUCGGCUGUCCAGGCGCUGUCUGAAACUGAGCAAACCCUUGCUCAGAUUUGGGCCAAGCUUAUCCCCAACGUGACUUCUCGCAUGAUUAGCACCGAUGACUCGUUCUUUGAUCUUGGUGGGCACAGUAUCCUUGCGCAGCAAAUGUUCUUCGAUUUGCGUCGCAAGUGGCGUGGUAUUGACAUCAGCAUGAACGCUAUCUUCCGCAGCCCUACCUUGAAGGGUUUCGCUGGUGAGAUUGACCGUCUGCUUGAUCGAGAGUCCUUUGCGACCACCGAUGAUCCUGAUAAGGGUGCUGCGCAGGCCCACAAUGUGCCCGACGAUGAAUACUCCAAGGAUGCUCGGCAGUUGGCCAGCGAGCUCCCCGAGAAAUUCCCCGUGCGGACAGAGCCUAUGCUCGACAGCGAGCCUACCGUCUUCCUUACCGGAGCUACUGGCUUCCUGGGGGCCCAUAUUCUUCGUGAUUUGCUCACCCGUAAGUCUCCCUCUACCAAGGUUGUCGCCUUGGUUCGUGCCAAGAGCGAGGAGCUUGCUCUUCAACGACUCCGAUCUACCUGUGCUGCUUAUGGCUUCUGGGAUGAGUCCUGGGCUAGUGACAACAAACUUCAAGCCAUCUGCGGUGACCUUGGCAACCCUCAAUUUGGUCUUUCGCAGACCCUGUGGGAUGAUCUCACAAACCGCGUCGAUGCUGUGAUCCACAAUGGUGCUCUCGUUCACUGGGUCUACCCCUAUGCCACUCUGAGACCCGCCAAUGUGAUGGGUACUAUCGACGCUCUUAAGCUGUGUGCUAGCGGCAAGGCCAAGCAACUUGCUUUUGUCAGCUCUACCAGUGCCCUCGAUAAAGACUACUACGUUCAAGAGUCCGAGCGCAGCCUUGCAGCCGGUGGGGAUGGUGUCAGUGAGGAUGAUGAUCUCGAGGGCAGCGCCGUUGGUCUCGGUACAGGUUACGGCCAAAGCAAGUGGGCCGGUGAGUACCUCGUCCGUGAGGCUGGUCGCCGUGGAUUGAAGGGAACGAUCAUUCGCUCCGGAUAUGUGUUGGGUGACUCUACCACCGGUACUACCAACACCGAUGACUUCCUUAUCCGUAUGUUGAAGGGUUGCAUUCAGUUGAAUGCUCGCCCCAACAUCAACAAUACCGUUAACAUGGUUCCCGUGGACCAUGUGGCUCGCAUUGUCAUUGCCACUGCCUUCCACCCUCCUUGCACUCCCGUCGGUGUUGCCCAUGUCACUGGUCACCCACGUCUUCGUUUCAACCAGUUCCUUGGCGCUCUUGAACUCUAUGGCUACAAUGUCCCCCAGACUGACUACGUUCCUUGGUCAAUGGCCCUGGAGCAAUAUGUCAAUGAUGGCCAACACGACGACAAAGACUCUCAGCAUGCUCUCAUGCCACUUUAUCACUUUGUCACUUCGGACCUUCCUUCCAACACCAAGGCUCCCGAGCUAUCCGACACCAAUGCCGCUGCGGCUCUCAAGGCCGAUGCCACGUGGUCAGGGGUUGAUGUGUCUGCCGGUGCUGGUGUGACCGAGGAGUUGGUUGGUCUGUAUGCCUCUUAUCUGGUGCAAACCGGAUUCUUGCCCGCCCCGACCCUCGCUGGGGCCCGCCCUCUUCCGCUUGCCCGAAUUACCGAGGAGCAGAAGAAGACUUUGUUGAGUGUUGGUGGCCGCGGUGGUGCGGCUUAA